AUGACAAGAAGGGAGCUGAGAGCGGGUAAAUGGUUGAAGAUUAAUGUAACCACGAUGGUGGCAGAGUUCUGUCGACUGCCGCGGGAGAAUUUAGCGAUAGUUGUGAGAGUACAAGACUCGAAGAAUAGGAUGAGUUUGGUUGUGCCACAUCCGAGCUCAGAAUCAAAUAACGGUUUGAUGCCAUACUUAGAAAUAAGUCUAAAGGAUAAUGCCCACAAACGCACGAGGCGUACCACAGGAAUGGACUGCACAGAAAACUCCAAGGAAUCGCGCUGCUGUCGGUACCCCCUAGUUGUGAACUUCGAGGAGUUCGGGUGGGACUGGAUCAUAGCUCCCAAAACAUACGACGCGAACUAUUGCAGCGGGGAAUGCCCCUAUAGCUUUCUUCAAAAAUAUCCUCACACACAUCUUGUGCAUCUAGCGGCUCCGCAAGGAAGCGGGGGUCCCUGCUGCGCCCCCCGAAGGAUGAGUAGUAUAACUAUGCUGUACUUUGAUCACGACUAUAAUAUUAUAUAUGGGACUAUCCCCGGUAUGGUGGUCGAAAGUUGUGGCUGUUCAUAG